AACCGAAAGAGUCGGUGAGGAGAAUCUACAAACAGAUUGCAAUACAGUAAGUUCCAUGGCCCAAAGCAUAAAGAGGAAGUCGCAAGUAGCGUUCAAACCUGAGGUGAAAACGAAAGUUUGGCCCAAGGCAACAAGAAAUGCACUCUACACCAAGGAGAGUCGAUAGGAAAAGGCCUCAAUACCGAGGAGUCCGGAGGAAACUUGCAAACCAAUUCCAAUGAGUCAGUGAGCCUCAUUUCCUUCUCAUGAGCAUCAAGAGGAAGUCGCAGGGAGCAUCCAUACCUGAGGUGAGAGUGGAAGUCAAGUGGGCAGCAAAAAAGGAUGUGUGUGUGCUCUACAGAAGAGGGAAUCAGUAAGGAAAGCUCUCCCACUACCUUUAAAACACCCUCCAGCGGAUUGUUCUAGAACUCAACAAGGUAACAGGAGGUUCUCCAAAAUGAGGGUAUGGCAGGACACAGCAAACAGAUUUAACUAAGACAAGAAAGGACAAGAAAGUGAAAGCAGCAGCAACAUUCCUUUAUGAUUCAAAACAUGAGCACAUUUAUAACAAAAAGGAUAACUGGGGUUUUGAGUUACCUGAAGGGUUAUGCACAGGAAAGAUCAUUACAUCAUGCCAUCAAAAGCAUUGAAAAUGCUAAUGUUUAUUGCUUCGACAAGAGUACACUUAAAUCACAUGACCAUAUGAUGCAAGAGCCUCUCAUCACCAAUGAUCCAGAGGUAUUUAACAUCAUUCAGAAGGAGAAGAGGAGACAGAUGUACAGUUUAUCACUCAUUGCAUCUGGGAAUUUUACCAGUCGUGCUGUUUCAGAGGUCCUGGGCUCAUGCAUCAAUAACAAAUGUUUACAACAAAGUCUUCGAUACUCCGCUGAUGCAGACAGUGUGGAUGAACUGGAGCGUCUCUGUAAGGAAAGAGCGUUGAAGGUUUACGGGCUUGAAACGGAAAAAUGGGGCGUUAACGUUCAGCCUUAUUCUGGGUCAUCUGCCAACUUUGCUGUGUACAUGUCAGUAGUAGAGCCUCAUGGGAGGAUCAUGGGUCUGGAUCCAAGUGAUGGUGGCCAUCGGAGCCAUGGUUUCAUAAUGGACACAGAGAUAUUCUCUGCCACGUCUCUUUUCUUUAAAUCAGUGUCAUACAAGGUCAUCCAAGAGACUGGUUACAUCGAUUAUGACCAGCUAGAGGAAAGUGCUCGUGUAUUCAAGCCAAAACUAAUCGUCGCAGGUACCAGCUCCUACUCACGUAACCUGGAUUACCGUCGUCUGCGUGACAUUGCAAAUGAAAAUGGCGCGUACCUGCUGGGUGACAUGGCACACAUCAGUGGACUUGUUGCAGCAGAAGUGGUUCCGUCCCCCUUCGAUUACUGUGAUAUUGUUUCGACCUCCACCUAUAAGACCCUGAGAGGCUGCAGAGGCGGAGCCAUAUUUUACAGGAAAGGUGUGCGCAGUGUGGAUGCGAAAACAGGAAAGGAAACUCUUUACAACCUGGAAAGAUCGAUCUGUGAAGCCGUGUUCCCCAGGCUGCAGGGAGGACGUCACAACCAUUCUGUUGCAGGACUGGCUGUAGCACUGAAGCAGGCCCUGACUCCAGAGUUCAAGGCUUAUCAAGUACAAGUGCUGGAAAACUGCAGAACUUUAGCAUCUUCUUUAAUAGAAAAGGGCUACAAAAUUGUCACAGGUGGUACAGAUACUCAUCUUUUCUUGCUCGACCUUCGUCCGAAUGGCAUCCAUGCAGGCUGGGUAGAGAAGGUGCUACAGGACUGCGCCAUUGACUGUGACACAAUGGCUUGCCCAGGUGAUAGUCCACUGCACCCCUCUGGCCUGCGUUUAGGCUCGCCUGCACUCACAUCACGAGGCUUAGUGGAAGAAGAUUUCUGCAAAGUGGCGGAAUUACUCCACAGAGGCAUUCAGCUAGCUGUGGAGAUCCAGACGAGCAUAAACUCCAAGUGCACUUUCAAGGAGUUCAAGGAAAUUCUAUCUCAGGAUAAAAACUAUCAGAAAAGAAUAAAAGAAAUCCAAGAUGAGGUCGAGGCUUUUGCUGGAACAUUCCCGCUGCCCGGACUGCCUGGGCUUUGACUCUAAUCUUAUCCGUGUCCCUUAUCCUUACUGUUUCUGUAUAUAAGCCUUAACCUGCGUUAUAACCUGUAAAAAAAAAUCUAGACAUACUACAGUACUACAGUGUUAUUUAGUACAGUUAAUGAUGCUGGUGGUAAAUUUUUAGUGGCGUAAAAUCACUAUUUUACAAUAGGUUGUUUUCGUAAGAGCGAGUUAGUACAGAUAGAAAUAUAGACUGCUUUGCAUUGCUUAAUGAGAAAAAGAAUUAUGGCUUCAAAUUUUGUUUAAAAUGUUUUGAGAAUAACUGAGAAUCAUUAAUAAAUAAAAUCCUAAGAUGAGUGUGUA